AGGGUGGGUGGUAUGUAAAGAGACUUCCCAUUUUCUGCAGCACAGAGCCACCAGACACAAGCAGUCAGAGCACUUCUUUCUCUGAGAUUACCCUUCUGCACGCCUCUCUGGCUGCUGAAUCACUGAGGCCCUCCACCAAGCGGGGCUGGCCCUGGUCCCAUGAUGGCGUCCCCCGUCAGCCGCUUCCUGCUGGCGGUGCUGUUUUCUGCCAGCUGCAAAGCCACCAUUUCCUUGGAUCAGAUGUGUAUGGAGAAAGAAGCCAACCAAACAUAUAACUGUGAAAAUUUAGGUCUCAGAGAAAUUCCUGACACUCUACCAAACACAACAGCGUUUUUGGAAUUUGGCUUUAAUUUCUUGCCUACAGUUCAAAGUACCACUUUCAGCAGACUCCUAGAUCUUAUCUUUUUGGAUUUAACCAGGUGCCAGAUUAACUGGAUACAUGAGGACACUUUUCAAAGUCAUCACCAAUUGGACACACUAGUGUUGACAGGAAACCCCCUGAUAUUCAUGGCAGAAACCUCCCUUGACGGGCCCAGGUCACUGAAGCAUCUCUUCUUAAUCCAAACAGGAAUAUCUAACCUCGAGUUUAUCCCAGAGCAAAAUCUGAAAAACUUGGAAAGUUUGUAUCUUGGAAGCAACCACAUUUCCUCCAUUAAGUUCCCAGAAAACUUCCCAACACAGAAUCUGAAGGUUCUGGAUCUUCAGAAUAAUGCUAUACAUUACCUCUCCGGGAAGGAGGUGAACACUCUGGAGGCCACCAACCUGAGCCUUAAUUUGGAUGGCAAUGACAUUAGGGCCAUUGAGCCUGGGGCUUUCCGUUCAAAAGUCUUCCAAAGUUUGAGAUUUGGAGGGACUCUCGACUUGUCUGUUAUAUUAAAAGGUCUACAGAACUCUACUACUCAGUCUCUCUGGCUGGGGACAUAUGAGGACACUGACAGUCAAGACCUCACUACAGCCACGUUUGAGGGACUUUGCGAAAUGUCUGUUGAGAGCAUCAACCUGCAGAAGCACCAUUUCUCUCCGUUGUUGUCUACCACGUUUCAAUGCUUCACGCAACUCCAGGAAUUAGAUCUGACGGCAGCUCACUUAAAAGAGUUACCCUCUGGGAUUCAGGGUAUGAACUCUCUCAAGAAAUUAGUUCUCAAUGUAAAUCAUUUUGAGCAGUUGUGUCAAAUCAAUGCUGCCAGUUUCCCAUCCCUUACAGACCUCUAUAUCAAAGGCAACCUGCAAAAACUUAGCCUCGGUGCUGGCUGUUUGGAAAAACUAGAAAACCUUCAGAGACUUGAUUUAAGCCACAGUGAUAUAGAGGCUUCUGACUGCUGCAAUCUGCCACUCAAAAGCCUGCACCGCUUGCAGUACCUAAACCUCAGCUACAACAUGCCCAUCGGUCUCCAGAGUCAGGCAUUCAAAGAGUGUCCUAAACUAGAAGUCCUGGACUUGGCAUUCACCCACUUGAGCGUCAGCGCUCCACGAAGCCCCUUCCAGAACCUCCCUCUCCUGCAGACUCUGAACCUCUCUCACUGCCUCCUUGAUACUAGCAACCAGCACCUUCUGGAAGGCCUGCUGGAUCUCCGGCAACUGAGUUUACAGGGAAAUCACUUUCAAGACAGGAGCAUCUCAGACACCAAUCUACUUCAGGCAGUAAGCAGCUUGGAGGUUCUGAUUUUAUCCUUCUGUGAGCUCCUAUCUAUAGACCAACAAGCAUUCCGCAGCCUUGGGAAAGUGAGUCACAUAGACUUGAGCCACAACAACCUGACCGAAAGCAGCCUCGAUGCCCUUAUCCACCUGAAGGGGACCUACCUGAACCUGGCCACCAACAGCAUCCGCGUUAUCCCUCCCCAUCUCCUCCCCAUCUUGUCCCAGCAGAGCACCAUUAAUUUAAGUCACAAUCCCCUCGACUGCACUUGCUCAAAUGUUCAUUUCUUGACAUGGUACAAAGAAAACCUGCAAAAACUCGAGGACUUGGAGGAGACAGUGUGUGCAAAUCCCCCGUCUUUAAGGGGAGUCAAGCUGUCUGAGGUCAGACUCUCCUGUGGGAUUACAGCCGUGGGCAUUUUUUUUCUUGUAGUAUUUUUAUUCUUGUUCAUCAUUCUGCUCGUUUUUUCAGUUAAAUUCUUCCUUAGGUGGAAAUACCAGCACAUUUAGUGCUGAAGGCUUCCAGAGAUGGCAAAUUAAUGUGUUCAUCAAAAUCACCCUAAGUAGAGGAGCUGUUGCCUGUUGGUGACCGGAAUUCAAGAUUGGUUCCUGGUGCCGGGCAGGGAUUUCCUCUGCUUCUCCGAGCCCCAGAACUGAUGAGCCUCCCUGGGAAGUGAAGUAAAUGAGACCGAAGGGAUGGACAGCCAUGACAGACACAGAGCCACGUCCUCACAUGGAAGGUGGGCGGGAGGCGAGGAAGGAGCCGAGGCAGGGCAUGGCCAGAGAAGUCACCCACAUGGAGGCCACCUCCCUCACACUCAUGGACUUCCUUCGAAGCACCUCCCACCCUGAGCCGAAAAGGAGACCAUCAGUGUUCACCCCUUGGCAGUGCUGAGGACCCGGCUCCCCACUCUCUCUCACACAAUGCGGGCAUUGUCCUUGGGUCUCAGUUCCCAGUAACAUGGCAGUUGGGGACACUUGUUGUGGAGAAAGUCUCAGUGCUCAUUUUCAUGAAAAAGGGAAAACAAAGAAUUUAAAAGAGGCUGAGAAAUGAAUCUUGUCAUCAGAUUGACUCUAUUAAUCCCCCCAAUCCUUAGGUACCCGAGGGUCUCUACAAUGCCAGCAUGGUGCAGAUCUCUACCGAAAAAAAAAAAAAGCCAUCCUCUGCCGCCUGGGCCUCCUUCCCCUGAGGUGUAGGAGUUUUGUUACACUGGCCACACUUGCCUGAGAACCGAGAAGCGCCUUCUGCUACUCGGCGCUGCUCUCGCUCUUAUGCCACAGAGCCUGACACACAGGCGGGCGGGGGGCCACGAGCUCCUCUCCUGUGGCUGUCUGGUCCCUCCAAGCUUCUUUCCCACGGGAACGUGAGAUAAACAGUGAUUUGGCUCCCAGGCCAGCUCUCCAGUGCUUACUCACCCGGGGCAGCAAUCGAGAUAGCACAUUUACAAUGAAAAUGAGUGGGAGAAAGCACCCUGCAGGCGAGCUGUCCACCAGGAACACAAUAAGCAGUGAGUGGUUUCUGUUCCGUGUCAGCAAAGGUAGUACCUGCAACAGAGAGGGGACGGGACCGCUGAAUGCAGACAGAGAAAGAGGACAGGGAAGCUGGCAGGGUGAUGACUUGGGCCUUCCCAAGGCCCAAAGGGUCACCCUCCUGCAGGGUUUGAUCUUCCAAAGAAGCCUGCGUUAGAGGACGAGAGAGCUCUUAUGCUCAGGUGCUCCAUGUACGAGGCCUCAGUUAAGUUCUAUAAGCCACGUUUUGGCUGGUGAUGGUAACUUAUAGCUAUGGAACUCUGAUUGGAUAUCAAAGGGAAAUGAUUAACAUCCACUCAGGAUUUAUUAGCCUUGAGGUUGAGGACAUAAGAAUAGAGUUGAAACUUGGAAACUACUAAGUCCUUUUUCCUCCUGUGUGCCCAGAAAAAGCAGGGAAGACCAGGGGAUAGGGGAGCUACGUCACAAAUCGUCACUGCAAAUGCUGUUAGUCUUGGGGGAUAUUCUGGACUAGAGAGCAGCCCAGGUCUUCCCACAGGUUCCUGGUUAGGGACACAAGGGGGCCAGGUAAGGUGUGUGAGGUCCUUGCCCUGGGUGCAAAAUUUAAGGGAAAACCCAAAUCUCAGUAAUCAAGCCAAAAGAAAAAAAAUACAAUAUUGAAAAAAUUUUAAGUUAAUGGAAAAAGAUCAGUGAUAAAUACAACACAAAAUUUUUAAACAAAGACAGGACCCACAACAGUGCCGUGCUGAAUGAACCACGGGAGAGUCUGAGGAAAGAGGAGACCUUGGUCAUGCCAGUCCUGCCUGUUUUAGAAGGUCACUGUUUUGUUCACUGGGGAUGUUUACAUUCGCUUUUUUUUUUAAGUUGUGUUAAAAUAUUAUUUACCUUCAUUACUGAGUGUUUUGGUGCCCCCCUUAGUUUUGUGACCAGACGGGUGCCUCACUCACCUCCCCCUGUCCCCACCCCGAGGACCACCUCCCAGGCUCCAGUUUCCUGAGGGUCUAUUAGCUGGCACACCAUCUGCAUUUUACCCAAAAACGUGCAUCUCCUUCCCCUUUACAUUCUGGAAGCAGAGAGAAGUGUUGGAGAUUUUCCAUCUUGUUCCUCCUUCUUCAGCCACCUCCCAACUAACUUCUGAGCUCAAAGGCGUGUUCCUUCAGAGCCGAGAGAGGUGGCAGAGAUGAAUGGGUACCAAAUCCAUCUGAGCCCCAGGUAGCUUGGGCCUGGCAAGAGUGGGCAAGUAGAACACCACUCUGCUAAGAAAAUAAAACAUCACACAAUUAACUGCUUUAAUUAUUUUGAAUAUCAGCAUUUGGGCAAACAGGUACCUGAUAGACCCCUGAGCCACCUUUAUUUCUUCACAGGCCGAGGAUGGCGGGGCAGCCUUCUGCAAAGGCCAAAUGGCGCCAUGGCUGGGUUGGUGCUGGUCUUGAGUCUGGCGGCAACCGCAGCUUUUGGUCAUUGAGUUUCAGGCUCAGAGGGACCUAAUGCGGAAGUUGGCAUGGCAACCUCUCUAAGAGGCUUCCUGACUGCUGCUGCAGGGACAGCCUCUGGCUCCAGGGACUGGAAGGCAGCGGCAGUUUAGAAGGGUCAGGCAGCCCCACUGGGGAGUCAGAGCACUUCCCACAGACCACACCCCUCUGCCACCUGCUCUCCUGCAGGAGCGUUCAGUUUGGGGGAUCCAGGCAGGCGUGCGGCUUCACACAGAGUUAUUUUGUUGUGUUUAUUAUGUUCAUUUGCUUGUACCAAAUAAGAUAGAUGAUCUGCUCUUGAAACUCUGGGAAGUAUUUCUGGUGAUGGCCAUGAAGACGCACAAAGUACACCACCUGAUAGCGCCCUCCCUCCCUUUUCUUUGUUUCUUUUCCCUUUUUCUUUUCCUGCUGUUUCUCCCCCUCCUUUCCUUUUCUUCUUCUCUCCCUCUGUGCUUCCCCGCUUUAUUACUUCCUUCCCCUUCUCCCUCCCUCCCUCCCUCCCUCUCUUCCUUCCUAGAGUAUGGAAGUCCACAUUCUAGGAAUCCAGUCUAAGACUGCGCAACCCACCACAGUCCCUGUGUAUACUAGCAAAUUCAAGCUCUUUCCUGCCUCAAGGAUAUAAGCAGCAGACAGGAAAUAUUUACUAAUUGCUGACCUCCUACUCCAUAGCCACACUGUCCUUCAUAAUAUUUGAUGUGUAACCUGAAAAAAAACAUUCUGCGGAAUGUCUCUAAUGCGAAUGGCAUCACCCUGAAGACUACAGGGUCCCAAGCUCACCCCAGCAAAAUGUAACCACCUCUCGCUGCUGUUUACCAGGCACGCGCCCCUUCCACGCCGUGUGACUUGCUGCUCCAUAGCUGCACACUGAUCUAAGGCUUCGUGACAGCACCUCUGUUUUAAGCAACAGUAAAUUCACCUUACAAAGUCAGAAAGGGAGCUUUUUGAUGGCUGCUGUCAAUUUUAUUGCUUUAUCCUGGUUACUAGGAUGGAAUCUGUAGACACAGUGUGUUUAUUGGUUUUAUGUAUCGCAUGUUGUUGCUGCUUUGACAAACUAGUCCUAUAAAAAUGUGUUAUUAUUGCAUGUUGUAGCUCAGUGAGCUGACCCUGCAUUUCGAAGUGUACUGGAGCAAAUAGCAUUGAAGUUCAUAAAAACUGACCAGCCUCCAUCACAGAGGGCUCUGCGUGAGCUGCCGCUCCCACAACUGGGAGCAAACUCCACCUUCCCCUGUGCCGGCAGCCAUCACGGCUGACUGAACCCAGCACAGGCCUGCACACGGGCACCACCUGUAAAAUUUCAAGACAGGAAACUGUCGUAUCAUUCCUACUCAUUCAAUUCUCGGAUAAGUGCUGUCUCUAAUUUUCAAGUUUACAAAAGUAUAUAAUAAAUGGCUUUUUAGUGUUUUAUAUGUUAGUAUACAAUACAGGAGAGGUGGCUGACACUGUUUUCUAUCUGCCCUGAAUGCUGAAGAGAAAAUUAAUUUGAAUUAUAGCAAGAGAAGAUGUAGCUAGUUCUAAGCAAGUCAGGACUGGGGGUGCUGGGUGUUGAGCCAGAAUUAAGUGCCUGAUUCAUGCAGAGCUGUAAGCACCAACACUCGAGAUUACCCUGAAGGCUUCAGAGGAAUGGGCUAUCGGGCUCCCGGACAGUGACAUCACCAAAAUCAUCUGGGGGAUUCUUUAUAAAACAGGUCACCAUGCCCCCGCUUCCCUGCCCGCACCCCACCCCAGAUAUUGGGACUGUGUUAGACUAGGGAUGACCCUGGACUCUCAGCUAAAUAAUUUUAAGUAAAAUCCUUUCCUAAUCUUAAUUUUAUCAGAAAUAGCAGAAGCCUGUGUUAGGCCUCACGAGUCACAUGAGCUGAAGAAGUGCUCCACGUUCUGUAAGAGGCAAAUGCCCUCACAAAUGGGAAGGAGGACGAAGGAGCCUUACAGUCCAAAGGGAAGCGUCCUGGGCAGGCAGCUGUGUCCUCUGCUGUCACUGCCAGGCCGCAAGGCUCUCCUCUCCUGAACUGCCCUGCUCUGCCACCUACCCGCCACCCACUCCUGCUCCAUAUCAGCUGCUCACAAGUUGAGAUAAUAUAAUAAAUACUGUGGGUCUUGAAAAAGGAAAGAACUCACCUACAGAUUAUUAUUAAAAGUCAUCAAUGCCCAGUUAAGAUUAAACAGCAAACUUCAUUGAAUACCCUCCUUUGAUCCCAUCUAGCUUUAGGGAACAUUCUCUAAGCAUUUGACAGUUCACGAGAUACUAGAUCCGACAAGGCAAGCAGAGGACAGGGGGCACCAGAGCUUCCUCCCACCUUCUCCUUCUGCCCUUGUGUUGCGCUGCUUCAUGGGCUUUCUAAACAGCUCGGGCCCCCCUUUUCCUCUGUCUCCUGUCCUUGGGAACAACCUAAAUAUCCAACAACAGAUCCAUGAUUAAACAAAUUAGGGGGUAACUGGAACAAACAGAGAUGUUCUAUGUUCUUGGGUGGGACAACAUGGUAAACAUGCUAAUUCUCCUAGAAAAUACAGAAGUACAAGAGAAAAUGAGAUAAAGUUUUAUAUCUAUUAUCCUGGCAAAAAGAAAAAGCCGGACCAUAGUGCAGGUGGGAUGGGGAUUGUCAGAACUGCAUGCACUGCUUACGGGUGUAGACUGGACCAGCCAGUAGGACCAGGAGGCAAUAACCAGUCAGUUUAAAUACGUGAGCCACACAUUCUGUUCUGGUGUAUAUCCCAAGAAAGUUUCACAUUUCCCAAAUGAUAUUCAGUGCAGCAUUACUUAGGAAAUUUCAUUUUGAGUGCUCAUCACUAGGAAAAUGGAUGGGUACAAUGUGGAAGACACCCACCAUCGGGUAUUGCACAGUAGUCAGAAGCAAUGGAGCAGAUACAGCUAUGCAAUGUAAUUGAAUCUUAAAUAUACAGUACUGGAGAAGGUCAUUGAGAGGAUGUGACCAGCAGUUGACCCACAGGCUGGACUCUGGCAACUGGAGGCUCCUCAUCCCUGUCUCCUGUCCUUGGAAUGUGCGCUCUGCCCAUUGCUCCCACAGCCAAAGCCAUUUUCAAGGACAGAGCCACAUGAGAAUAAGGUAUUGUUGAGACUCUCUGGACAGUGUACGUGCCUGAACCCCAAUAAGGUCUCUAUGCAAACUUUUAAGAUUCUGGCAGGGGAAGAGAAGAUCUACCCUCUUCAGGCUGCCCAAGACAAGCCUUGUCUAUAAGCUCUCUUGCUUAUUAAAACUGCUACCUACCA